AUGAUUAAAAUAAUAAAUGGCAUUUUUUUAAGCGGCAAAUAUUAUUAUAAAAACUAUGGAAGGGUUAAUUAUAGUUCUUUACAGUUAUUUCAAAAGAAUGUAAAUAAAUAUACAGAUAUAAUAAAAAUGUUUACAGUAAAUAAAAAUGAAGAAAAUAUGAAAUGCUCAUUUGAUAAUAAGAAUAUAUAUUAUAUGCCUUUAUGUAACUCUUUUAUAUAUAAUAAAGAAAAGGAUGCUUCUUCAUACAUUAAAAAAAUAAAAAAUAUAAAAAAUAUAAAUAAUGAUAAUAAUAAAAAUGAUAUUAAUCCUUAUGAUGAUCAAAAAUCUAUUCAAAAUUAUUGUAAUGACAAAAAUGUUAAUAUGAAAAAUGAGAAGGUCCUUUUAUUUAGUUGGUUAAAAACUGUUAGGAAAAAACAAUACUAUAAUAUAAUUGGCAAGAUUGGAAUAAAAAAAAAAAAUGCUGGAAUGUAUUGGAGUUUUUAUGUAAACAAAAGAAAAAAAAUAAGAAAAAAAAGGAGAACCAUAUGA